CAAUACAAUUAUUGUCAGAAUCAGAUGUACAAACAUAUUUGUGUUAUCUUUAAUUUGAUUCAUUAAAAUACCCGGAAUAUAAAAGUUUGUACAUAUACAUAAGUAUAUCAAACAUAAAUACUAAAAUGCAUGUUUCUUAAUCGUAGUAUAAAAUUAAUUGUUUGUACAUUUUACAACUUAAGCAUUCAUUGACAUAAAUAUGGAGCAUAAAAUCAAACAAGAUUCCAUUGAUUCUCCUUCUUCGACUACCAAAGAAGCUGUCGAUUACAAUCUUCAGUUUCCAACAUGGUCAAUGGAAUAUUUGAAGAAGACAUCCAUAGAGUUGAAGUUGGUCAGACCUCGUAGUUUAGCAUGGGCUGUAAUGUUAAAUGCUAUCCCAUCCCCUGAUGGAGGGGAUAUUAUGUUAAGCAUAAAAGGUCAUCGAAAUUUGUACAAUGAUCUGAAAGAGAAAUUAUCAAUGGAUCCUCGAGAAGUUAUUGGAGAUGAUCCUCUAUCCCAAAAUGAUGAGAGUGCGUGGAAACAACAUUUCUGCGAUAAUGAGCUCAAAGCGUUAAUUUUACAAGAUGUAGUUAGAACAUUUCCUGAUGAAGUAUUUUUCCGAGAUAAGGAUAUUCAAGAUAUGAUGGUUCGCGUAUUAUUCUUCUGGGCUAGGGCUCACCCAAGUCCGGGAUAUCGUCAAGGAAUGCACGAGAUCUUAGCUCCACUGUUGUAUGAGCUUCAUAAUGAUAGGAAGUUUGCUCCUAAUGAUUUGAGUGACACACUGCGGUACUAUUUAGAUGACAGGUUUUUGGAAAACGAUAGUUAUAUGUUAUUCAACGCUGUGAUGAAGGGUUUAGAACAAUUUUAUACAACCGGAGACGUUAUACCCACGUCGUGUGGCCGCUUGCCUACAGUUAGAAGUUUACAUAAUCAGAAUGAAGCAGUGCGGUACUUAGAGCGCGUUAGAGAGGAUUACCUCGUACCAGCGGAUCCUGAGCUCGCCGCACAUCUCAGCAACUGUAAUAUAUCUAUGGAACUGUUCGGCAUUCGCUGGCUCAGGCUGUUGUUCGGUAGAGAGUUCCCCAGGACCGAAAUACCUCAAUUGUGGGGGUUCAUAUUCUCCGACGGGCCGAUGCUUCCCAACGUACAUUAUAUUAUAGUAGCUAUGCUUAUUGCUAUAAGGAGUACAUUGCUAUCCUGCGACACGGGUUCAGCGCUGUCCGUGCUGAUGCGGCCGAUGUGCGUGUGCGCGGCGCACGUGUGCGCGCUCGCGCUGCACCUGCGCCACCCGCGGCACCCGCGCCCCCCCACCCCCGGCCCCCUCCUGGUCCCCGCCACCCUCGUCACCCCUCCGCAGGAUGCGCCACCUAUUUCCGCACAACACAAGACAAAGACGAUGACGAUAAGUUUGAGCAAGACAAAGACGAUGACGAUAAGUUUGAGCAGGUGUGAGGAGGCCGGCAGCGUGUGGUUCGAGCAGCGCGGGCGCGAGAGCGACUCGGAGGGGUCGGAGGGCGUGGCGGAGGGCGGCGACGUGGCGCGCUCGCUCGCCGCGCUGGCGCUCGUGCGCGCGCGCCUGCCGCCCGCGCUCGCCGCGCUGCGCGCCGCGCUGCCGCGCCCGCCGCCCGCCGCGCUGCCCGCGCUGCACCAGCUCGCGCAGCUUGCCGCUCUUCUCCAGUGCCGGAACCACGCGCUCAUAGACGUAGAAACGGCAUUGGAAGCGGCGGAAAACCAAACGAAUGACGCCGUCGGCAAGAAGCAAUUAGUUCCCGUCGUUAUGCUGGCGGGCAAAUCUAAAGCGAAAGUUAAUCAGAACCAAGUGAAACUAAAACUGCACCAGAAAGCGAAGGAAGUGCCCUUAAAAGUGUUCCACCAGGUGGAGUGUGAUAGUACUAGUGAUUUGCCGUUUUUGGACCCCCUGCGGAUAAGGACAGAAUGACUACGGCGCAAACUGAUGCUCUAUAGCUACUAUCAUUAGCCAAGUGCACUCAGAGAUGUAUGAAUAUCUUACCUUUUUUAAUAGAGGCUCACAUUUGGAAGUUAUUUAAUUUUAUCGAAACUAUCUACCUUUUAAUGGAAAUAGUAAUACGUAGCCGAGUUAAAAUCUUUUAAAUCGUAAUAGAAGAUAUAAAUCAUGAUAUCUUUCUGAGUGUGAUUGAUUUUGUGUGCCAUUUGUUCAAUAUAAAAGGAAUUACGAGUUAAACAAUUUUUUUCGUAAUAUAAAAACGUGUAUAUUAUAUAAAAACUCGCUUGUUAUCAUUAUAUAAUGGUUUUUUGACCAUGAAAGUAUUUAAAGAAUUUAUUGUCACUUCUUGAUGGAACUGCAUAUAAUUACAAAAUAAACAAGCAAACUAAACUUCACUAUGCACUAACAAAUUUCAUCAAUCUAGAUAUCUCUUUGAUUAUUUUAAUAUAUAUACAGAGUAUGUAUAUAAAUUAGACUACCUGUCUGUCUGUCUGUCUGACAAAACAUUUUCUCUACCACUACAGAAGACAAACCCUCGCAAAAUUUCUACGUUUUACUACGCAUUAGCGUACUUAACGUAGCGUACGUAACUUACAGUUUUUACCGCGUUUAAUACAAGUGCAUUUUAAACUCCAUUUUUAGAUCCUGCCAUGAUUCUGUUUCUUAACUUUUAUCAAAAAAUCUAAAUCAAAAAGUAUUUGUAUUUGUUUUUCUUAAUUUGAAAUAAAUAUGCUCCUAAUAAUA